UGAACCAGAAAUUGAUAGUAGUGGAAAACAUGUUUAAAUUCAAUUUCUCGUCGUCUGAUAAUCAGGAUAAAACAGAAGACACGAUUGACGAUACAAACCAUAAGACUUGUCCUCCAGAAGCUGAUGGAAAGGAAAUUGAAAUUUCAAAUAUUUAUCAUCAGAAUAUUCAACAGUAUCGUGACAAUUGUUCCCCCACAACAGUAGUGCGCAAUUUUCAUCUUGUUGACGUGAAACAUGUAGAAGAGCUCAUAACAUCACAGUCAAAUGGGGAAUUUGAAUCUCUGAAGGCAGCUUUUCAGAUGAAUAGUGAUAUCAUCAGUGGCGUAUACGAAGGUGGAAUGAAGAUAUGGGAAUGCACACUUGAUCUUCUAGAUUACUUUGAAAAAAACUUUGUUCAGUUUGAUGGAUUGAAUGUUCUUGAUCUUGGUUGUGGUUCAGGCCUGUUGGGUAUGUAUGCAUUGAGCAAGGGAGCCUUAUCUGUCCACUUCCAGGAUUAUAAUGCUGAGGUGCUUUCCCUUUGUACAAUUCCUAAUGUGAUAUUUAACAAUCCAGACCUUAAGGAUAGAGCAAAAUUUUUUGCUGGUGAUUGGGGACCUCUACUUCAUAAACUUGAUAAAUAUGAUAUUAUUCUCACCUCUGAAACAAUUUACAAUCCUGAAAAUUAUGGAAAAUUAAUUCGGAUUUUUGAGGAAACCCUGAAGAAAUCUGGAUUGAUUUAUGUUGCCGCAAAACAUUUCUAUUUUGGUGUUGGAGGAAAUCUUUACGAGUUUGAAAAGAUGAUCCGACAAAACGAAAGGUGGACCUCGUCAAUAUGUUUUUGCUCAAGCGAAGGUGUUAAACGGGAAAUUCUGAAAAUUUCCCAGUCGGCAACUUACUCUCAUCUGUGAUUUCAGUACGAUUUGUCAGCUUCGCAGUUCUCUCCUGAUGGCAGAGUAUUCCAAGUCGAAUAUGCCAUGAAAGCCGUCGAAAACAGCGGUACUGCUGUUGCCUUGCGAGGCAAAGAUGGUGUUGUAUUUGCUGUGGAAAAGCUGGUGACAUCAAAGCUGUAUGAAGCUGGAGCGAAUAGAAGGAUAUUCAAUAUUGACACUCAUAUUGGAAUGGCUGUUGCUGGCCUUUUAGCUGAUUCCAGGCAAAUUGUGGAAACUGCCAGGACAGAAGCUUCAAAUUACCGUGCUGAAUAUGGAGGCAAUAUUCCUGUCAAAUAUCUGGCAGAUCGUGUUGCCAUGUACAAGCAUGCUUACACUCUGUAUUCUGCUGUGAGGCCAUUUGGUUGUUCUGUUGCUCUUGGAUCUUAUGAUGAAAUUGAUGGCCCUCAGCUUUAUAUGGUGGAUCCAUCUGGAGUUUCCUUUGGAUAUCUUGGAUGUGCUAUGGGGAAAGCAAGACAGGCUGCUAAAACAGAAAUGGAAAAGCUCAAGCUUAAGGAUAUGACCUGUCUAGAACUCAUCAAAGAAGCUGCCAAGAUCAUUUACAUUGUCCAUGAUGAAGUCAAGGAUAAACAUUUUGAACUGGAGCUGAGCUGGGUAGGUGCUGUCACCCAAGGACGUCACCAGAAAGUCUCUCAGGAGGUGUUUGCUGAAGUUGAGCGAUACGCAAAAUCUGCACUUGAAGAUGAUUCAGAUUCUGGCAAUGAUGAUAUGUGAAAAUGGGAAAUGAAAGAAGGGACCCGAGUUAAUACACUUUGGAAUACAA